CCACUCCACAUCCACAUCGACAUCGAUCCCCCUCCCGACUGAAACCCUCGCCUCCGCCUCCGCCUCCGCCAUGCCGCCGCCGCCGCCGCCAUCGCUGCCGGACGAGCUCCUCGAGGAGAUCUUCCUCCGCCUCCCGCCGGACGAGCCCGCGCACCUCCUGCGCGCCUCCCUCGCCAGCAAGCUCUGGCUCGGCCUCCUCUCGUCCCCUCGCUUCCGCGGUCGCUACCACGAGCACCAUGGAGCUCCCCCCAUGCUGGGUUUCCUUCAUACCUGGCACUACGGCUCCCACCCCACCAAGGUAGAAGACCCCAUCCCAUACUUCAAAUCCACCGCCAAAUUCGGCGCGCGCAUUCCCGACGACGAAUGGGGGGACAUUUACUACACUGCGUGGGACUGCCGCCAUGGCCGCGUCCUCCUAGACUGCUUUGAUGCAUAUCAGUUACGUACGGCUCUCGUCGUUUGGGACCCCAUGACCGGCUGCCGGAGGGAGCUACCCCGCCCCUGGAUCUGGGACCGCCGCCGCGCCGCCGCCGUGCUCUGUGCCGUGAGCGGCUGUGACCACCGCACUUGUCACUCGGCUCCCUUCCAGCUGGUCUUUGUCGGCCUGGAUGAGGAUGAUCAUGAUGAUUGUGUUGCACGCGCCUGUGUGUCCUUGCCAGAGACCGGUGAUUGGAGCAAGCCCGUCCCUCAAUUCGAUGCGUGGGUCAAGCCAUGCCCUGAUCUUCAUCUUCCAGCCGAUGCAUCCAUCAAGCCAAUGCCCCCUCUCCUUGUCGAAGGAGCACUUCACUUCAUGCUUAAGUAUGUUGAUGACGACGGUGCAGAAAUUCUCAAGUACGACUUGACCUCUAAUAGCUUAUCACUGAUUGAUGCACCGGUUCAGUAUUCUCACACUAUCAGUGCCCCUAUCCUCAUGGCGAUGGAGGAUGGCAGCUUGGGGUUUGCACAUGUGGAUAAGCUAACCCUCUACAUAUGGUCAAGACUGAUGGAUUCCAACAGAGUUGCGUCAUGGAGUCAAUGUAGAAUUACCAAUCUCAGCAGCCUUCUACCCAUCCAAAAUCCCGAGGAAAUUUACCUUAUACUGGUUGGAUCAGUGGAGGGCAGUGAUACCGUUUUCGUGACCACAGAUCUGGGCAUCUACGAGAUUAAUGUCAAGUCGCAGCGAUGGAAGAAGAUAUGGAAGAGAGAAAUUUUCCGUGCUUUGAUUCCAUACAUGAGUUUCUACAAUCCACAAGAAAGGGUGACGCCCACUCCCUGUGACGCAGCACAUUGACAAGGUAUGGUUGAAUAUGCUCAGGUUAGGACGCCACUCUCAUCAACAAGAAAGAUGACAAGCUUGGAGGCGAAAGGGGUCUUGUGAUGAAUUAUGUCACUAUUUAGUAGCUCUUUUGGUUCAGUGGUGCUUGCUUGAUUUCUCAUAUUGUUUUUCGCUUUUGUCAGUCAGCUUGAUAGUUUCCCCAUGUCGUUGGCGCGUGUAAUUGGGUGAAUGGAGUAUCUUGUAAUGAACCUCCAAUUCUUGCUGCUGCAGUAUGAACCAUGUGCUAUGUUGUUUAAUUUGCUGGAAAAUGCAUCUGCAGACGGAUGCUUUUUCUUAUCAUUCUGAAA